AUGUCACCGUUUCCUCAUCCAUGGUGGUACCCCUAUUCAGGUGUCGGUCCCCAACCCAAAUGUGUGAAUGAAUGGCAUAUAAUUGAUAUAUCCAAUGCAAUCAGAUCUAAACCUGACUGGCAAACUAAAUACAAAAAUCCAGAGAUCGUGGGAAAAUGGAGAAAAGAAGCAAUUGGUCAAUUGGAUAGCGAAGAAAAAGAAGAAAUCUUUGAUUACGUUUUGAAGGAACUUGAAUGGUAUGACAAAUUGACGAAAGAUUUGAAAGACUACAAAAUUGAAUGUGAUGACAAAAUUAUCAGCGGAAAUCCCGUUCCUGAUUUAAUCCGGACUGAAUUGUUAGAAGAAGUCAGCAAAUUUACUCAACUGAAGAAGAAGGACUACCACCCAAACUCAAAUAACCAGGUGGUUGAUAUCGUCCAUCCUUCGUUGUUCCCUUUACAGUAUGGAAAAACACCAAUCAUCAAGGGAGCAGGCUAUGAAAUCGUUCAGUUCGACGAUUCGAUUUCCAAAGUCAAAAAAACUGUUGACUCUUGGGGAAUAUCCAAGAACUAUCAGUGGUUACCAAGCUUGUGGACUUUGGAGAAUGACAAUUUCAAAAUCUCUUCUUACGUAAAUAAUUUACCUCCUAAGAAUAAGGACUUGUACGAAAUCAUUGAAAAAGUAUUCAAUUGUUCUAUUGAUGGUCUAAACUACGUUUUGUCACGUUACCAAUCCCCUGAAGUAUUAAGAAUUGACUACGGAGGUUAUGGUGAGGGAUAUACUGAAGAGAAAGAUAAAAAAUACGAUGAGUUGCAAGCCAAAAUAGAUAAGCUAGAAGAAGAGACCGGUGAAGUAGACUGGGAUUUGUAUGACGAAUUCGAGGAAGAAAUCAAAGGUCAAUACUUAAAAAAGCUCAUCCCCAAAUGCGAACAAGAUCCAAUCACGGAACCAUUCAACUUGAAAAACCACAAAGAUUUGAAAGUCAUAGUGAAAUUGGCGGACAUUGAGUUGACUCCUGAAAACCCCAUCUACAAAGGUGGUUCCUGGCAUGUUGAAGGUACGAUCAACGAAGACAUUGUUGCCACUAUUUUAUACUAUUAUGAUAUCGAUAAUAUAACGGAGUCCAAAUUGUCAUUCCGUACUUCCUUCCAAGACCCUCCUUAUGAACAGAAUGACACCUUAUAUUGUGAAAAGUUGUUCAAUCUUCACGAUGGUGAUCCCAUGGUCAGACACUUCGGUUCUGUCACAGCUGACGAGGGUAAGAUCGUCAUAUUCCCAAAUUCAUUCCAACAUCAUGUUGACUAUUUUCAAUUGAAAGACAACACCAAACCAGGUGUUAGAAGAAUUUUGUGCUUCUUCCUUGUUGACCCCCACAAUGAAAUCGUAAAGACUACCAAAGACGUUCCUCCACAACAACAAGAAUGGUGGGAUGACAAUGAAAUUGAUCUCAUCCCUGAUUCAAUCAGAUCCAAAGAGAAACCCAUGUCUUUAAAAGAUGCAGAAGAGGUUCGUGCCAAAUUGAUGGAAGAGAGGAGUACUCUUGAACUGGGUGAUGACGAUGAUAUGCAACCAUAUCUGAGAGGGUUUUCUUUAUGUGAGCAUUAG